AUCCCCCGCCCCCCCCCCCAGCCGACAUGGCCGAGGAGUCCAUCAUCCGCAUCCCCCCGCACCACUACAUCCACGUGCUGGACCAGAACUCCAACGUGACCCGCGUGGAGGUGGGGCCGCAGACCUACAUCCGGCAGGACAAUGAGCGGGUCGUCUUCCCCCCGACCAAGAUGGUGACGGUGCCCCCCCGGCACUACUGCGCAGUGCUGAACCCUGUGCUGCGGGCGCCGGGCGCCGGGGUGCAGUUCGAUGCCUCGGGGCAGGCGCUGCUGCGGCACGCGGACCUGGAGAUCCGGCUCAGCCAGCCCCCCUUCCCCCUCUACCCGGGGGAGGAGAUCCAGCAGGGGAUCACGGCCCUGCAGGUGGUGCUGCCGGACACCGCCCUGCACCUCAAGGCCCUGCUGGAUUUCGAGGACGACCAGGGGGAGAAGUACGUGGCUGGGGACGAAUUCCUCUUUGAGGGGCCAGGCACCUACAUCCCGCGCACCGAGGUGGAGGUGGUGGAAAUCAGCCAGGCGACCGUCAUCCGCCACAACCAGGCCAUCCGGCUCCGGGCCCGCAAGGAGUGUACGGACCGUGAGGGGACCCGGCGGGUCACAGGUGAGGAGUGGCUGGUGAAGCGAGUGGGUGCGUAUCUCCCUGGCGUGUUUGAGGAGGUGGUUGACGUUGUGGAUGCUUUUCUGCUGACAGAGAAG